AUGAGCAGUACACCAAACGACAAGACUGUGCUCGUGCAGUCGCGCGAGACGGGCGACGUGAUAGCCGGGGUCAAUGAUGGGAAGCAAGGACAGACCAAGGCGCUGCCAUUUGCCAAGUCAUGGGUGCAUCUGGUUGCAGGAGGCAUCGGCGGCAUGACGGCAGCGACGCUAACGGCUCCCCUGGACGUUCUCAAGACGCGGCUCCAGUCGGACCUGUACCAGGCGCAGGCGCGGGCGGCGGCAUCGGCGGCGCACGGCUCGACGGCGAGCAUGAACCCGCUGCGGUCGGCGGUGCACCACCUCAACGACACGGUGCAGAUCCUGGCGAGCGUGUACCGCAACGAGGGGGGCCGGGCGCUGUUCAAGGGCCUGGGGCCCAACCUGGUGGGCGUGGUGCCGGCCCGCAGCAUAAAUUUCUACGUGUACCCCAACUCGAAGCGGCUGAUGGCUGAAUACUGGAACGGCGGUGUUGAGGCGCCGUGGGUGCACCUGGCAGCCGGCGUGGCGGCCGGCGUGGCCACGUCGACGGCCACCAACCCCAUCUGGAUGGUCAAGACUAGGCUGCAGCUCGACAAGAACGUGGCGGCCGGGUCGGGCGUCGGCGCCCAGGCGCGCCGGUACAGGAACAGCGUCGACUGCGUCCGCCAGAUCAUCCGGGACGAGGGCAUCGCCGGGCUAUACCGCGGCAUGAGCGCCUCGUACCUCGGCGUCGUCGAGAGCACCAUGCAGUGGAUGCUGUACGAGCAGAUCAAGAGGCAGCUCGCCCUCAGGGAGGAUCGCAUUGUCGCCUCCGGGAGGGACAAGACCUGGUGGGAUCGCUCCGUGGACUGGAUGGGCAAGUCCGGUGCUGCUGGCGGUGCCAAGCUCAUUGCCGCCGUCAUCGCUUAUCCCCACGAGGUCGCCCGUACUCGUCUACGACAGGUCCCCACCGACGGAUCUAGCAAGCCGAAAUACACCGGUCUGGUCCAGUGCUUCAAGCUGGUCUGGAAGGAGGAAGGCCUCAUGGGUCUGUACGGCGGUCUGACGCCUCAUCUGAUGAGGACUGUCCCCAGUGCUGCCAUCAUGUUUGGCAUGUACGAGGGUAUCCUGCGCUUGUUCAACACGCAUGCCUGA